AUGAAUAUUAUAUUUAUCCACCCUGAUCUGGGAAUCGGCGGUGCAGAGAGGCUCGUUGUCGACGCUGCAAUGGCUCUGCAACCUGGCAACCAGGUCACCGUGUAUACUUCUCACUGCGAUAAGUCGCACUGCUUUGAGGAAGUCGCCUCAGAUCGGCUGAAGACAAAAGUGCACGGGGAUUUCUUGCCAACGCAUAUAUUGGGAAAGUUUGCAAUCCUGUUUGCGUUUCUGCGCCAGUUGUAUCUGGUGUCUGUGCUGGUGCUCAAUGGCACCCUCAAAAAGGCAGAGGUGGUUUUCGUCGACCAGCUAUCUUACUGUCUUCCAUUGAUUCGCCUAUUUAAAGGUCCACAAACAAAGGUGAUUUUCUACUGCCAUUUCCCAGAUAAACUGCUUGCAUCUCACUCGGGGCUGAUCAGAAAAAUCUACAGACUGGUAUUCGAUGCUAUAGAGGAGUUUUCAAUGAGGUUCGCAGACAAAGUACUUGUCAACUCAGAGUUCACUAAAAAAACGGUCAAAAAAGAGUUCAAGAGCCUGAGCACCGAAUCGUUGAGCGUGGUAUAUCCAUGCGUGGGAGAUAUAUCCAUAGAAGACACGUCUCUCAAAGAGGUGGACAACUUUUUCAAAGACAGUCCAUUCUUCCUCUCCAUCAACCGGUUCGAAAGAAAAAAGAAUAUUUCCCUGGCCAUCAGAAAGUACCACGAAUUCAUCAGCAGAACCGCCUCGACACACAAGCUCGUCAUCGCUGGCGGAUACGACCCCCGUGUGUUCGAGAAUGUGCAUUACCUGAUAGAGCUGGAGUCACUUUGCGAGAAACUUGGCCUGCCUUCGAUCACCAUCAGAGGAAAGCUCAUUGUGGCUCCCAGAAAUACACAGGUUUUUUUCCUGCCCUCAAUCAGUAGCGCCACCAGAAACGCGCUUCUUGCCAGAUCUCAGCUGCUUAUAUACACGCCCUCCUUUGAGCAUUUUGGAAUUGUCCCUGUUGAGGCCAUGAGGCUUGGGAAGCCUGUCCUAGCGGAAGCUACCGGCGGCCCUACGGAAACUGUUGUGCCCUAUGACCACAAGGAGUUUACAGGGUACCUUGUGGGUAUUGUGGAGGACCGCUGGGUAGAAUACAUGGAACAUGUCCAGACGUUAACGGAAGCAGAUCUUGAGCAACUUGCCAAACGGGCCCAAAGCCGUGUUGAGAGGCUCUUUUCGUCCAAAGCCAUGGCCGUCAGUCUUAACAAAGCCAUAGAGGAGUGCAAGCCAACGAAUCGGAACGGCGAACUGGUGAUGUUCGCGUUGCUGGUUUUAAGUCUGGGCGCUACAGUCAAGUUCGUGAAAGGCGUCUAG